GGCGUAACAGUCCCUCUUCGGUUUAGAGUAGACGGAGGAAUAAAGUUCAUUAGACUGAAGCAUGCUGUCUCUCUUCAGCAGUCUCCACGGUGCUCUUGUCUUCAGCAUGUUGUCUUUUGUGCUUUCUCGAAGUUUCUGCCAGGCUGUAGCGGAAGUAAGCCGGUCAGCACCCACCGUUGGUUCCCUUAUUCGGACAGUAACGACGCCAAGACCAGCAUCCAGAGAAACUCCUGAUAACGCUUCAGUGGUGACCUACUCACAGCUGAAGACAAUGCUGUCCAACAGAGACAUUCAGCUUUUCGAUGUGAGAAAUCCUGAUGAGUACAAGGUUGGACACAUCCCUUAUUCUGUCAACAUCCCAUUGGGUACCCUGGAGGAGUCUCUAAAGCUGUCCUCACAGCGCUUUGAGCUGAAAUUUCAUGUGAGGGCUCCUGGGAAGGAUGACAACAAUAUUGUGUUUUACUGCAGAAGUGGCAACAGAAGUCACACAGCCCUGAUCAUCGCCCGUCAGCUGGGAUUUAGGAGGGUGAGACAUUAUAAAGGAGGGUACAGUGAGUGGGCAGAGAAAGAAGGAAAAUAAUCAGCUAAGGUAAAGAAAAAAGUACAGCUAAAACACACCUACAGAAUAUGAGGCACAUCUAUGGAACAACAUUUAGUUACAGAUUCAAUG